AUGUCUGGUAGAGGAAAAGGUGGUAAAGGUCUUGGAAAAGGUGGUGCUAAGCGUCACAGAAAGAUUCUAAGAGAUAACAUCCAAGGUAUCACUAAGCCUGCCAUUAGAAGACUGGCAAGAAGAGGUGGUGUCAAGCGUAUCUCUGGUUUGAUCUACGAAGAAGUCAGAGCUGUUUUGAAGACUUUCUUAGAGUCCGUCAUCAGAGACGCCGUCACCUAUACCGAACACGCAAAGAGAAAGACUGUCACUUCUCUAGAUGUUGUCUACGCCUUGAAGAGACAAGGUAGAACCCUGUACGGUUUCGGUGGUUAA